GGUGAGGAGGGAGGGAGGCUGAGAGAUAGACUGUAAAGGAAAAUGGGCAUAGGGAAGGAGAUUUGGGGGUGUGCUAAUAUGGGGGAUAUGCUGGGAGAAUAUGGGUGACUGAGGGGAAAGGGAGAGAAUAUAUGUAUAGGAGGUAAGGAGACUGAGAGAGGAGGGCUGGAAAGAUGGAGAGGAGAAUGGAGAGGUACAGAAUGACACCUCAGGAGAUAGAAGAGAGAAGUAGUGCCCUUUGCCUGGUCUUGUUGUUGUUUUGGGUGCAGAGACGUGGGGAGGUUUCUAAAUGUUUGGAGUUUGCAUUACUGCACUCAUCAUGUGAGAUAAGCAAUCAAAAUGAGGACAAAGAUGGAGACUCUGAUAACACAGCCAGUGAGCCACCUCCAACUCCUCAAGACUCUUCUCCUGACAGAAGGCGAUCAUCUUCAGAUACAUCACGGUCUGCUUACAGCCUCACAAGGCGGAUUUCAAGUCUAGAAUCAAGAAGGCCAAGUUCUCCACUAAUUGACAUUAAACCUAUUGAGUUUGGAAUUAUAGGAGCUAAAAAAGAAAUAGUUCAGCCAACUAUCCUGAGAAAAACAUAUACCCCAGAUGACUAUUUUAGAAAAUUCGAACCAAGACUCUACUCUCUUGACUCUAAUAGUGAUGACAUGGACUCCUUGACAGAUGAGGAAAUCUUAUCGAAGUAUCAACUGGGCAUGCUGCAUUUUAGCACACAGUAUGAUUUGUUGCAUAAUUAUCUAAUAGUGAGGGUAAUUGAGGCUAGAGAUCUGCCUCCUCCAAUUUCGUAUGAUGGUUCAAGACAAGAUAUGGCUCAUUCCAACCCUUAUGUCAAGAUCUGCCUCCUUCCAGAUCAGAAGAACUCCAAGCAGACAGGAGUAAAACGCAAAACCCAGAACCCAGUGUUUGAGGAGAGAUACACCUUUGAAAUCCCAUUUUUAGAAGCCCAAAGAAGAACUCUACUUUUAACCAUAGUGGAUUUUGACAAAUUCUCACGCCACUGUGUCAUAGGCAAAGUGUCAAUGCCAUUAAGUGAAGUUGACCUUGUGAAGGGUGGACAUUGGUGGAAGGCCCUUGUUCCCAGUUCGCAGAAUGAAGUCGAGUUGGGAGAGCUGCUGCUAUCACUAAAUUACCUUCCCAGUGCAGGACGACUGAAUGUAGACAUUAUUCGAGCGAAACAACUUCUUCAGACUGAUAUGAGCCAAGGUUCAGAUCCCUUUGUGAAAAUUCAGCUGGUUCAUGGAUUAAAAUUAGCCAAAACCAAGAAAACCUCUUGCAUGAAGGGUACAAUAGAUCCUUUCUACAACGAGUCCUUCAGUUUCAAGGUUCCGCAAGAAGAACUGGAAAAUGCCAGCUUAGUAUUUACAGUUUACGGCCACAACGUGAAAAGCAGCAAUGACUUUGUUGGAAGGAUUGUGAUCGGUCAGUAUUCGACAGGCUCACCAGAGUCAAACCAUUGGCGUCGAAUGCUCAGUUCCCAUCGGACAGCCGUGGAGCAAUGGCACAGCCUGCGGUCCAGGGCGGAGUGUGAUCGCGUCUCGCCAGCAUCUCUUGAGGUGACGUGAGAAUGGUCCUUCAUCACCAACACAGGCAAACAACUGAGGGGGAAAAAAAUCAAACCCACACGCGCUCCCAUGUGAUUGCCAUGGAAUUGAAAGUAACUACAGCUGCUGGUAACAAACUGGCUGCGUUAGCCUACGUGCCUCAGUGGACCUUCAUAAUGCAAACCAUGUAUCAUUUGUUCCUGUGCCCAUUGUUUUUGCAGGGUCACUACUAAUGUGGCCUGUUGGACCUGUUACUAUUUGCAUCAUCUGCUGCAUCCACACCACUGUUUUUAAUCCAUGUACAUUAUAAUGGAGAUUAUUCAAAAGGUCACUAUUAACGCAGAAGCGUUCUUUACCUGCUCCAGCGUAUUGCAGAGCAGAUUAUAGGCUGAUCUGCCAUGGAGAUUCUGAGUUAACUGGAAACUUUUUGAGUUGCCUCCGCUACCCUUACAGUACCGAUCCAUGACUCAUUUUAUUGGAGAUGUAAGUAUUUGUGUGUUCUCUUUGGUGAAUGUGGUAAAUAGGUUAGAGUAUUUAUUUUUUAAAUGAUAGAACAUGUGGUAAAAUCACUUCUAACUCCAGUUUUGUCUUUUGUGCUAGUUCAACAAAAUUAAACUCCUGUUAGUAUGUAUGUGUGCCUUUGUGCAUCUGGGUGUAUGUAUGUGUUUGUGUGUGUGCAUGUGCAGUGUUACACACACAGACCCUCACAUACAACCAUGUAUAACAUGGAGCUAAUGUUAUGUCAGUAAUGAGACCCUGCCACUCUAAUAUAGCAAUCUCUGUAUGUAAAGUAGAUAGAGUAUGAUAUAGCAAAAUAAACCUUUUCAAUCAAGUGUAUUCUGGAAAAGCCAUGGCAAGUUUUAAAGACCUUUCUUAUGUUGUGCAAAAGAUCCUGCUUUGGGAGCUUUUGCAGUAAGAACACCCAAAACAACACCCAGUUUUAAUUCCCUUCUUAGCAGGCUGCAGUGGGUCUUUCUGUGUUUUAUGUACUAAACAAAGUAGUUUUUCAAACCACUGAGUGAGUUUUAGCUACAAUCAAGCUGUCUGUUCUGUUGGAUGCUUCUGUACAUUUUUUCAUGGCAUAUUGUCUGGUAUGAUGGAGAGUGUAUAUUUAUUGAAAAUAAAGAUCUAUUUAUU